CACACUCCUAUUUACACAGUUCCUCCCCCUCGCUUCCUCUCUGCUACUCUGUUUUCUGGUGUUUAGUAUUGUUGCAAAAUCAGAGAAGGCCACAGGAUCCAGAUUUUCAGGGAGCUGAGCUACAAUGGAAGCCCAGUGCGGUGCUGUGGGGUUCAUCCCAGAAAAUCCAAGGAGCAGCCAUGAGCUUGGAAACCAAGACCAAGGAAUUCCGCAACUGAGAAUUGUCUUACUUGGAAAAACUGGAGCAGGAAAGAGUUCAACAGGGAACAGCAUCCUUGGGAAAAAAGUGUUUCAUUCUGGCAUUUGUGCAAAAUCCAUUACCAAGGUCUGUGAGAAAAGGGUGAGCACCUGGGAUGGGAAAGAGCUCGUUGUUGUGGAUACACCCGGUAUUUUUGACACUGAGGUACCAGAUGCUGACACACAAAAGGAGAUCACUCGCUAUGUUGCCCUGACCUCUCCAGGGCCUCAUGCUCUGCUCCUGGUGGUCCCACUGGGGCGUUAUACUGUGGAAGAACACAAGGCCACACAGAAAAUUCUGAGCAUGUUUGGAAAAAAGGCUAGAAGAUUCAUGAUUCUCUUACUCACCAGAAAGGAUGACUUGGAAGACAUGGAUAUCCAUGAGUAUUUAGAGACAGCUCCUGAAGUCCUUCGAGAGGUAAUUGAUGAGUUCGAAAAUCGCUACUGUUUGUUCAACAACAGAGCAUCAGAAGCUGAACAAGAAGAGCAGAAGACGCGGCUGUUGGCCUUGGUCCAGAGCAUAGUGAGCGAGAAUGAUGGAAGAUGCUUUACCAACAAAAUGUAUGAAAGGGCUGAGAGUGUGAUCCAGGAAGAGACCUGGAGGAUGCAAGAGCUUUACAGAAAGAAACUAGAAAAAGAGAGGUCACGGAUAAGACAGGAGUAUGAAGAAGAGAUUAGAGAUCUGAAAGAUAAACUGGAGAGGGAAAGGAGAAAAGCACGCAUGGAGAGGGAAUUCAAGGAGAAGGAGGCUGACUUUACAAAGAAACAACAAAAUGCUAGGAGUGAAGUUGAGAACACAGGUAUGAUACUUGAAUUAAUCCUAAAAGCAUGGGAGAUUGCUUCCUUCUUCAUCAACCAGUUUAUGAACGACUAGACUUAGUCUGUAAGACUAGACCUUAUUUCUAUUUCCUGCAUUUCCCUUGAUAACCCUGCCUUACAGAGCUCACUCCUCAAUGCCCAAAUGCUUUAGUUUCUGUCCUCCCGGUUGAAGGAAUGAAGUAAAGUUUACCAUUGGCAGUUGUUCAAUUGACUUAUCGAGAAAUUCACCAAUCUUCAAUUUGUGAAACUCCAAAGCAGAACCUAUUACUGCUUGCUGCCUUGUGUUCUUCAUCAGUGAAAGCCACCCAGGAUGCCACACAACUUGACUGUAAGAUGGACUCACUUCACUGGAUUCUCAACAGUAAUCUUCACCUGCAGCUUCUACACAUGAUACUCAUAUUUUGGACAACUCUCUUGUAUGCUUUAUUAUGAAGUUCAAUUCUUUGCAUGAGGUAAUCUUCAGUCAGAGAUAGAUGGCAUACAGUUCACAAUAGAUGUCAGGUUUAUUUAAUUAUAUUUUCACGAAUGGUAUCAAGUUGUUCCCCAGCUGCCCUUUGAAGGCAAAGCAGAUCUCACAACCCAAGUAAUCCAACAUGAACAUAAAUUAGCAAUUCAACAGGCAACACCACAAUGUUUGCUGUGUUCAGGUGUGCCUCUAGAAGCCAUCUCCAACCUUUUAACCAGUUUGAUCAGUCGUCAGCAGCUCUCUCCUUGAGAAAUGAUCUGGCUACUGCAACCCUACCCUGAAUCACUAUAUAUUCAGUCAUGCUGCUUCUGCCCCCCGCCUAGCUAAUUUGCUCAUUGCUGUUAUAAUAAACUUUUCCUUUGCCUCAUUCAUAUUUA